UUGAAACCUCAGGAGGUCCAGCAAUACCACAGGAAUGAGCUUCACGUAAUCGUUUUAGAUUCGUCAGAGCCUCGUGAGAGAAAUAAUCGUGAGAAAGACACCCCUUCCCUGAAGCAUCUUCCACCGUGCACUUCUAACAGCGACUGCGAAGCAAUAGGCGCUGUUUGUGAGCCGAUUGACGCAUUUUCUAGCAUGUGCAAGUGCUCCGAGGGUGAAAUAUUCCUGAGAGGACAUUGCAGAGCAGACCGGAAGUCGAAUCUUAAUUUGGAGAUGGAAGAAGAUCGUGUUUACGGAAUCAACAAGCAUGGUCUCCAUUUACACAUGAACAUAACUCUU